AUGAAGAUGAAAUGUUUGCUACACAUAGAGAACUGGACAGGGUUGCAGACUCUGAGAGACGUCGAUAUGGAGCUCUACACUGGACUACAGAGACUAACUAUCAUGAAUUGCAACCUGAGGGUGAUCCAGGCUCGAGCAUUUGCUCAGAAUCCACACCUACGCUACAUAAACUUGUCAAAGAAUCCUCUCGCCACUCUGUCAUGGCAGCUCUUCCAGCACCUCCAACUCUCCGAGCUGCGUCUGGAUGGCGUGGUGUUUGACUGCGGCUGUGAUAUUCGCUGGAUCCAGCUGUGGCAGCAGAGAGGAGAAGCCGGGCUCCAUACCCAGCAGCUGUACUGCAAGAACGGAGCCUCCAAGAUACGACUGCACAACAUGUACAUCCACAACUGUGACUUGCCAGAGAUCAGUGUGAGCCACAGCAGCGUGUUGGUGAUGGAGGGCGACAAUGUGACUGUGAGCUGCAAUGGAUCUGGAUCGCCGUUGCCUGAAGUGGACUGGACUGUCGGCGGCCUGCACUCCAUCAACACACACCUGUCCAAUGUAUACUGGCCGAACAUCCACUCUAUCAACCUGACUCUGUUCAACAUCAGCCGAGAUGACAACAACUUCCAGCUGACCUGCAUUGCAGAGAACGUGGUGGGGAUGACCAACUCGUCCAUCCAGCUCAACGUACAAUUUCCUCCAGUGAUCCUGAGACUGGCUGAGCCUGAGCAGCGCCAUGAUACCUGCAUCGAGUUCACGGUCCGCGGUUACCCCCAUCCCAAGCUGCGCUGGUUCCACAAGCAAAAGGAGAUUAUCCUGAACGAGUACAUCCGAACUGAGAUGGACUUCUACCAGGACUAUCUGGAGGGCUGUCUGACCUUCCAGAACCCAACGCACAUAAACAACGGCAACUACACUCUGGAGGCCAGCAACCCUCUGGGAACAGUCACCAAAACAGUGUAUGGUCACUUCCUCGACAUCCUAGAUGACGACGACGGUGAGCAAGUUUCUCCUUUUCCUUCGUCGCCGUCAGAUGGUGCAGGCCGACCAGAAGAAGAUACAUUUGGGGUUUCCAUCGCUGUGGGUUUGGCAGGCUUUGCUUGCGUCCUCCUCCUCGUCCUUUUUGUUCUCAUCAACAAAUACGGCCGGCGCUCCAAAUUCGGUAUGAAAGGUCCAGUAGCUGUGAUCAGUGGUGAGGAAGACUCUGCCAGCCCUCUUCAUCAUGUCAACCAUGGGAUUAUUACCCCCUGUACUCUGGACGCGGGUCCUGAUGCGGUUGUCAUAGGGAUGACUCGUAUUCCUGUGGUGGAGAAUCCUCAGUACUUCAGACAUGGACACAACUGCAACAAGCCAGCCACCCUUGUCCAGCAUAUAAAGCGGAGAGACAUCAUCCUGAAAAGGGAACUGGGUGAGGGAGCGUUCGGUAAAGUCUUCCUGGCAGAGUGUUACAACCUCAGCCCCACCAAGGACAAGAUGCUGGUGGCUGUCAAGACACUGAAAGAUCCCAACCUGUCGGCACGAAAGGACUUCCAGAGGGAGGCAGAGCUGCUGACCAAUCUGCAGCACGACCACAUUGUUAAAUUCUAUGGAGUGUGUGUAGACGGAGACCCUCUCAUCAUGGUGUUUGAAUACAUGAAGCAUGGAGACCUCAACAAAUUCCUCAGAGCCCACGGCCCAGACGCCAUGAUCCUGGUGGACGGCCAGCCGCUGCAGUCCAACGGAGAGCUAGGCCUUUCCCAGAUGCUGCACAUCGCCACCCAGAUUGCCUCGGGCAUGGUCUACCUGGCCUCCCAGCACUUUGUCCACAGAGAUCUGGCAACCCGUAAUUGCCUGGUGGGCAAUGGCCUGCUGGUCAAGAUUGGAGAUUUCGGCAUGUCCAGGGAUAUCUACAGCAGUGACUACUACAGGGUUGGAGGACAUACCAUGCUACCUAUCCGCUGGAUGCCCCCAGAGAGCAUCAUGUACAGGAAAUUCUCCACGGAAAGCGACGUCUGGAGCUUCGGAGUCAUCUUGUGGGAGAUCUUUACCUAUGGGAAGCAGCCCUGGUUUCAGCUGGGUAACAACGAGGUUAUUGAGUGCAUAACCCAGGGUCGGGUUCUGGAGAGACCACGGAUUUGUCCUAAGGAGGUGUAUGACAUCAUGCUGGGCUGCUGGCAGAGGGAACCACAGCAGCGACUAAACAUUAAGGACAUUCAGAAGGUCCUGUUCGCCAUGGGAAAAGCCACGCCGGUCUACCUGGACAUCCUGGGCUAGCAGCGUCCCGGUGGUGGCCCGUUCCUCGCCAGACAGAUAGAUCGACAGAGACAUACAGACAUACAGACAGACCGACCCACACGAAUCCAGGAAUAACCAAACCAACCUGCUCCACUGUCGAAAAACACCUACAAUGUUUGGGAAGGACUUAAGUGCCUGCAACACUUUUGGAUAUAGUGGAUAAAACGUAUUCAAAAAAACACGCACUUUUACAUUUUGUUUACUUGCGUAUAAGAUGUACAGGUUUGAAGAAGACUUUUUAUUUCCUUGAAAAACUGCAAAAAUACACAAAAAUGGAGACGAAAAAGGGAAGUAAAGUGGACUGGCAAUAGGAAAAUGGCCACAGUUUGAUUAUAUUAUAGAGAGAACACAUCAGAGUUAAAAUCUAUCCUGGGUUUGGUUUUAUGAAUAUAUAUAGAAAUAUUACAUAUAUUUUAUAUUUAUUUCUUUUUGUCAGGGUGUUGAAGGGUCUGCCAUGUGUGUUGCUAAGGGCUCGGCCCUGUCCGAAGACGUCACCCACAAACUAUUGGCAGGGACUUGACGAUGGUAGCCUUACUUGCACUCUGAUUGGCUGGCUUUGAGCUUUUAAUGGGAACUCUGCUUCUGUGGAAUAACACUGGAUGGUUGAUAAAAAGGGAGCGCUCUGUAGAGGACCUACCCAAUCAGACAACCGACAAAUCUAUUUUAAUUUAAAAAUAAUGUACAUAUUGUAAAAUUCUAUGUGUCAAAAUUAUGUUAACUUAUUUUUUUGGGUGUUAUUUUGGUUCCUUUUCUGACUGUGAUCUGGGUGGCUAAAGUAUAGAGCUAUGAUAUUUGUUUUCAUCCUAAUCUAGAGGAGAUUUCUCUUGGGAAUUACCUGUGUCAGUGCUGGUAAGUUGUCUUAUAAGGUGAAGGUGAAUGACAGUUCGGAAAGUCCUCCAACACUGAAUCACAGAGACUCUGGAGAAUGGGAGACGACUCAGAGCCAUCAACACGACACUUUUCCAAAGAGGUGAUGAGACCUCAAAUUCACUUUCCAGUUCAUUUGCUUUUUAUGGCAAGAAUAAUGCGUUGAUAAAUAGUAUCUUACAAGACACCUCCAAACACAUACACACACUUUGAGAAAUUGUAAUUUUCAGUCUUUUUGGUGUGAAACUGCUUUUCCAAUCUGAAGAAAACUUUUUUUGUAACUGGAAGCAUAACGUUGUUACACACAGUUAAAAAAAUCUGUAACUUAAAGGAAUAGUUAGUCAAAAAACGUGUUUUUUGCUGAGAGUUCGAUAGAUGUCAGCUAAAUAUGAAGCUUAGCUUAGCUUAGCAUGAAGACUGGA